AUGUCCGUAAUAAAACGCAUUUCGCAAUUGAAAGAACAUCUAAACUCUGGGGAUAUGUCUGAAUCACUUUUCCAGCAAAUAGAAGAAGCUCAACCCGACGCUAUUUUUCAUUUAACCGCUCUAUGGAGGAACGACCCAGAUAGUAGAAAGGUCAACUUGGGUAUUGGUGCAUACAGAGACGACGGCGGUAAACCAUGGAUUUUACCCGUAGUACGCAAGGCAGAAACCAUUAUUCAUAAUGAUCCAAACUUAAAUCAUGAAUACCUCUCGAUUACCGGUAUGCCGGAGUUUAGGGAAGCUGCGGCCAGGCUGAUGUUGGGAGCUGACAGUCCAGCUAUUAAGGAAAAUAGAAUAGUCACUGUUCAAACUAUCUCUGGCACAGGGGCGGUACAUACGGCCGCUGCCUUCCUGUCACGAUUCUAUCGUAAAGAUGUACCCGCGUUGAUUUCUAAUCCUACUUGGAUCAAUCACAAGUUGAUCUUUAAAGGAGUUGGAAUAGAUAUAGUGGAAUAUCCUUAUUGGAAUCCGCAGACGAAGGGAUUGGACAUUGAUGGAAUGCUUAAGGCUCUCGAGGAUGCCAAACCAGGCUCGAUCGUUCUUCUUCAUGCGUGCGCACAUAAUCCCACCGGUGUAGACCCGACUCAAGAGCAAUGGAAACAAAUCGCUGAUAUCUGUGAGGCCAAGAAACACUUCCCGUUCUUCGAUUGCGCAUACCAGGGCUUUGCCAGUGGUGACCUGGAUCGUGAUGCUUGGGCCGUACGUUACUUUGUUGACAGAGGGUUCGAGACACUUGUCGCUCAAUCAUUCUCCAAAAAUUUCGGUUUAUAUUGCCAGCGUACAGGAUGUUUGACUGUUGUGCUCAAGAAUGCAAGCGUUGUAAAGAAGGUGGAAAGUCAAAUGGCUAUCAUUCAACGAUCAGAGAUUAGCAAUCCUCCGGCCCAUGGUGCAAGGAUUGUCAAUAUUGUUCUUCAUGACCCUGAGCUAUACAAUGAGUGGGUGCAGAAUCUGAAAACAAUGAGCUCAAGAAUCCAAGAAAUGCGUCAGCGUCUUUACGGCAAAUUGAUCGAGUUGAAAACACCUGGCACUUGGAACCACAUUAUUGACCAAAUUGGGAUGUUUUCUUACACCGGACUCAAAGGCAAACAAGUUCAAGUACUCAAGGAAAAGUACCACGUUUAUUUAACCGACAAUGGCCGUAUUUCAAUGGCUGGAUUGUCUACCAAGAAUGUGGAUUACUUUGCUAGUGCCGUCGAUGAUGUUGUAAGAAACGUUUCUCCUUAA